GAAAAGAAAGGAUUAGCAACAGGCUUUAUUGCUCAUGGCUGAAACAGAGAAGAGCCUGCAAGGAUUUUGCAGAAGAUAAAAAAUGAAAUAACGAACUGGAACCAGAAGGGCCAGUGGGGAUUCAUCAUGUGAACAGAAGCAUAGAGCAGCCAUGAUCAAUAUAAGCACCUCUUCCUCCCAGAAUCAUAGUCCAGAAAGGAAUAACCAUUAUGAGACCCCAGCACUCUCUGAACUGCAGAGACUGAUAUGGACCAGAGGAGGAUCUGACAACCAUGUGGACCAAGUGUGGCCAAACCUCUACCUUGGAGAUGCAUGGGCAGCUAGAAGUAAAACAGUUCUUCAGAACACUGGCAUUACUCAUGUCCUCAAUGCAGCAGAUGGGCCCUACAACAUCAGUACUGGAGCUCGCUAUUACCGAGACCUGCCGAUUCAAUACUACGGAGUACCAGCUUUCGAUGACAACUCGUUUGAUAUAAGCAUCUUCUUUCACGAGGCUGCUGAUUUCAUACACAAGGCCUUAAAAACUGCAGGAGGCAAGGUGUUUGUCCACUGUGCUAUGGGGUUAAGCCGUUCGGCCACUCUAGUGGUGGCUUACUUGAUGAUCCAUGAAAAUCUGACACUUGUGGAAGCCUUGAAAUCAGUGGAUUCUCACAGAGGCAUCUGUCCAAACACAGGAUUCCUCAGCCAGCUCCGAGCCUUGGAUAUCAAAUUAAACAAUGGGGGGAAAAAGAUAUAAUGCUGUGGGGAAAGGGGACUGAAUAAAACUGCAGAUACAGGAAUUCUACAGUAAUAAUGCUUUCAUUUGGAAUAAUUCAGUCGGCAAACCU